UCUAUAUUUCUUAAUUCUUCUGUCACUCAUCUGUGGAUCUAGCCUGGGUCUGGAAAGUCGUUCAAAUUCUUGAGGCUGCGCCAUAUAACCUUAAAUGUGCAUUCAGUGAGCGUGAUUUCCUGCCAGGUCAAAAUGAUAUGAACGAGAUGUUUCGUUGUAUCACAGGCAGUAUGAGGACUGUGUUUGUGUUGACGCCUGCAUUCAACGAUAGUCGCUGGUGUGAGUGGGAAAUGCAGAUGGCACAAACUGCAUCUGUUGCAAAUAACAUCAGCUUACUGCCGAUUAUGCUGCAAGAAUGCCCAGUGCCUGACACAAUAAAGCACAUCAACUACAUUGAUGUAACAAAUGGAGAUGUUCCACAAGCUGCCAUGAAGCUACAGAAGAAUGUACUGAAUCCUCCUCAAGGUUUCAUCCCACAGAACAAUAUGUUACGCAUCAAUGGAUUUUCAUUUCCACUUGAAGAAAAAAUGAUUAAAAAUGGAUGUUUUAAGACCCAAUUACAAUUUGGACUACCACCAAAUGGUAUAGAUGCUUUAGAACAAAAGGGUAUAAUGAUACCAAAAGAACAGAUAGAUGAAAUAUUACACACAUUAAAUCAUCAUGGACCCAGUAUAAGAAUCAGUAGAACAACUCCAAUCAGGCUUGCAUGUUAUGUAAUGCUGACCAUGAUAGGGCUCGGAUGGCUAAUUUUUUUAAAUAUUUGUGCUUAUUAUUCUUUAUAUUCAGUUAGACAGCCAUCUAACAAUACGACUUGCAUAUUUAAUCUUUUUCCGGAUGUGACCUUGCAGUGUUCUAGUCCGAUUCCGAUCAUUCUUAGCAUAAGCUUUAUUUUGUUAGGAUAUUUCCCAUUAGGGGCAUUAAUCGCAUACAUAGUCAAAAGAAAAAAAAUACUGAAAAAAGUUAUUGAUUUGAUACUGGGUAUUUCUCUGACCACACUGGCAGACUACAAAAUGUUUAUAUGGCCUGCAAAGAAAGGCGAAUUUCUGCGUAUCGUAUAUUAUGACAUCAACCCUUGUUGGCAGCAUUUGAUUCAACAAGUAGAUCCCAACAUUGAAAUUCUUGACAUCGACAACUGGAAACUGAACCUCACAAAAUGUGAUUUUCCUCUUUAUAUGAAAAAACCUAUGACGGGAUCUUUAAAUAUGGCCCCAGCAGUGAGGCAUCAGACUAUUUAUUACUAUGUAUGCUUUUGCCAAUAUGUCCUUGCCAAACACUCACAAAUGUUUGUUCAAUGAAGAUAGUCUAUAUAGUCUGUUCAUAAGGUCAUUGCAGGUAAAUUGUCUGUUCAAGAGGAAUAAUUAUGUAAAAAUAC